AUGAAGCUUUCUACUAUUGUCGCAGGCGCAACCUUCUUUGCCAGCAAUGUCCUUGCUACCGACUCAGACUCGAUCAUUAUCAAGGCACACUGCCGGCUUCAAUUCUUCUACAAGAUUACAUCUGUGGUGUCGCUAUCAGCACUCGCCGAGGCGUAUGGCUGUCUCGGUCGUCGCGAGGAAGGCGUCGCUGCGGCUGAGAAAAGUGCCGCACGGCUGCAGCAUCUCCUGGGUGAGAACCACAUCCAGGUACUGGCUGCGGUGCUCUGUACCGCUGAGCUCGUCGUCUCUAAAUGGGACAAUGACCUGUACAACCGAUACGUCAGCGUUGUUGAAUUGGCUCAGUACAGCAACAUCCAACGACAGUGGCUUCUGUACUAG